AGCAGCAAGCAGCAGCAGCAGCAACACUGCAACAGCAAGCAGGCAGAGCCCAGAACCAGGCAGCUAGCAGAAACAUGUCUCCGCCUGUUAAGAUCAUCGGCCAUUUCACCAGCCCAUUCUCGCACCGCGUCGAGGCCGCUCUGCGGCUCAAGGGCGUGCCGUACGAGCUGGUCCAGGAAGACCUGAGCAACAAGAGCGAGCUGCUGCUCGCCAAAAACCCUGUCCACAAGAAGGUGCCCGUGCUCCUCCAUGGCGAUCGCGCCAUCUGCGAGUCCCUCGCCAUCGUCCAGUACGUCGACGAGGCCUUCGACGGGCCGCCUCUCCUCCCCGCCGACCCUCAUGACCGUGCCGUGGCCCGUUUCUGGGCAGACUUCAUGGACAAGCUCGUCGUGCCGUUCUGGAUGGCACACUGGGCCGAGGGCGAGGCGCAGAAGGCUCUGGUGGAGGAGGCCAAGCAGAAGCUGGCGCUUCUGGAGGUACAGCUCCAAGGGAAGAGGUUCUUUGGCGGCGACACCCUCGGCUACGUCGACAUCGCCGCCGGUGUGUUGGGUCCUUGGCUCAGCAUGGUGGAGGAGGUGACCGGAGUGGCUGUGCUUGACGAAGACGAGUACCCUGCUCUGCGUCGUUGGUCCGAGGAGUACAAUUCCUACGAAGCUCUGAGGCAGUGCGUCCCGGACAGAGACCAGCUCGUCGCCUUCUAUACUGAAAACAAGGACAAGUACAAAAUGUUCGCUAAAGCAUGGUUGAAGCAGUAAUUAACUGUGGGUGCUACAAAUUGCUAGAACAUGUCUUUGUGUGUGGGAUAAUAAUGGCCCGUGUUCAGAUGUUUACUUCGUGAUCUAGUGUAGUUGUUAGUGCUUUAUUGGAUUCUUUUCAUGGAAUUAUUAUACUGUACUGUGGUUAAUUACUACUGUUUACUGAAGUGUAUUUUCAUUUCUUC